AUGCCUGCGCCGCCGCGGCUGCCGAGGGAGGAACAGGAGAUUUUCGAGGCGCUCCAGCGCCAGUCGACGGGGGCGUUCUCGACGCCGCGGGUAAAUCAAUCGCCUGACGCGUCGCUCUCGGAAACGGAGGGCGCGCAGGCCCCAAUUGAUGAGCGUGUCGACGGCAUAUCCAGUUUAUCUCCCGCCCCUGGUUUGAGGGACGGGGCAGCGGCAGAAGGAGCACAGCAGCAAGCGGGAUCUCAGGAUAGCUACGGCCACGUUGUGAUCGAUGCGAGUGGUGGAGGAGAAGAAUUACAUCCGAAUCUAGUGAGAGGGGCGCAGCCUGAAUUUGAAGGAGAGAGGAACCCGAAGACCGGGGAGAUUGGAGGACCUAAGAACGAGCCGCUGAGGUGGGGCCCGAGCGGAGAGUGGACUUAUAAUGGGAGGACUACGGAUUUUUAG